CAACUCUAUAGUUGACAUAUGUUACCACCACAUACCUAACAACCCUGUAUUAGCGGAGUUUUUUCCUUAACGAUUGCAGGCUAGUGAAAAAUUUCGAUCACAUACCUUUACAAUGGCUCUACGCGUUCUUAACAUGGCUUUGCGCCGUCAAUUGGCCGCCCAAUUGCCCCGCACAUCUCAAGUUGGCAGCGUAGCCUCCGUCCACACCUUGGACAAGAUUGGCAAACGUGAAAUUGUUGGCUACGGCUGGAACGGCACCGCCUGCUAUGUAGACCGUGUCGACUACCCAAUGCCCCCAAUUCGCUUCCGUGAGCCCACCAACGAAAUCAACAACUUGCGCGAAAAGGAGAAGCAAGAUUGGAAGAAAUUGAGCAUGGAGGAAAAGAAAGCUUUGUACCGUGCCAGUUUCUGCCAAACCCUCGCCGAAUUGAAGGCUCCUUCUGGUGAAUGGAAAAUGCAUUUGGGCAUGGGUUUGUUGUUCGCCAGUGCUGCUAUUUGGGUUGCCAUCUUCAUGAACUUGUUUGUCUACGAUGAAUUGCCCAAUACAUUCGAUGAAGAGCACCAAAAGGCCCAAUUGAAACGUAUGCUCGAUUUGGAAAUCAACCCCGUCACUGGCCUUUCCUCCAAAUGGGACUACCAAAACAAGAGGUGGAAGAACUAAACAUGCACGCCCGCCCAACUGUGCUGAAAAUAGUUAUUUCUUUUCUAAAUUUAAGUCGGCUCCAAUGUCAAUGUUUAGCCCAUUUGUUAUUGUGACUUAAGGAGAUAAAUACGAUUCCAGCUCUGAUUCUAAAGCAAAAAGAGCUUAGCUUUAAAUAACAAUUCUUAGUCAACUUCAAAAAUUCUAUUUAACAUAAGAAUGAGAUAUAAAGUAAAUGCAAGCAAAAUACAAGAGUCUGCAAUAAUGGUGUGCUAAAACAAUA